GUCAUGACGUCACGGCCCGUCGGCGUAUGUGUGACGCAGACGGUAUAGGAUGUAGCACUGCGGGACGUGGUUAGCUCAAGCUAAAAGUCACACGAGCCAAAGUGCGCAUAAAUCCUGCCCGGCAGCAGUUUUACUGCCCUUAAAAAUUAAACCGAGUCACAAGCUGAAUGGCAUUACAUCUUGUCAUUUGUGAGUGAGGAGGCGGACGGUGCCAGUGAUGCACCAUGGGCUACGACGUGACCAGGUUCCAAGGGGAGGUGGAUGAAGACCUGCUAUGUCCAAUAUGUAGUGGAGUUCUCGAAGAACCAGUGCAGGCCCCACACUGUGAGCAUGCCUUUUGCAAUGCCUGCAUCACACAGUGGUUCGCCCAGCAGCAGAUUUGUCCCGUGGACCGCACCGUGGUGACGCUGGCUCACCUGCGGCCCGUGCCUCGCAUCAUGCGCAACAUGCUGUCCAAGCUGCAGAUCAGCUGUGACAAUGCUAGUUUCGGCUGCACCGCUACGCUUCGACUGGACCAGCUUCAGUCGCACCUCAAGGACUGCGAGCACAACCCCAAAAGGCCCGUCAACUGUGAGGAAGGGUGUGGCCUGGAGAUGCCCAAAGACGAGCUGCCCAAUCAUAACUGCAUCAAACAUUUACGAAGUGUCGUCCAGCAGCAGCAAGGCAAAAUUUCAGAUCUAGAGAAAACUGUGGCUGAACAUAAACACCAGCUAGGCGAACAAAAACGAGAUAUUCAGCUGCUCAAAGCGUACAUGCGAGCCAUCCGCAGCGCUAACCCCAACCUGCAAAACUUGGAGGAGACCAUCGAGUACAAUGAGAUCUUGGAGUGGGUGAACUCCAUGCAGCCCGCUAGGGUGACCCGCUGGGGCGGCAUGAUCUCCACCCCCGACGCGGUGCUUCAAGCAGUCAUCAAGCGCUCGCUCAUCGACAGCGGCUGCCCGCUCUCCAUUGUCAACGACCUGAUCGAGAACGCCCACGAGCGCAAUUGGCCACAGGGCCUGGCCUCGCUGGAGACGCGGCAGAUGAACCGGCGCUACUACGAGAACUACGUGGCCAAGCGCAUCCCAGGCAAGCAGGCGGUGGUGGUGAUGGCCUGUGAGAACCAGCACAUGGGAGAGGACAUGAUCCUGGAACCCGGCCUCGUCAUGAUCUUUGCGCAUGGUGUGGAGGAGAUCCUAUAACUGCACUGCGGAAAUCUGGUUUAUUUAACAAAAGAGAGAAAAAAAUGUUGAUACCUAUGCCUUAAAGGAAGGACAAAGAUGUUAUCAACCUGGCAAGUAGAGCUGAUUAUAUGACUGAUGAUAAACGAGUUGUGAUGUUUACAUGGUUUAUAUUUAGUGCAUUAUAUGUUCUGAUUGUUCUGCUACUCGCAUUGUAAAGUGAAAAACCUUGUCAAGAAAGUUGCUUCAUUCUUGGAGAAACUUUGGCAUCAACUCAACCUUUUCUGGCGUUGUGUUAACAAACCACAGCACGCAACGAUUAGGGUGUCUUUGAAGCAAUUUGAGCUGUUUUGAGUAUUUUUGAUCAGCACACUAAAGACUGCCAUCUUUUUAAUAGUGUGCAAUUGCCGCUGUUAAUCUCACUGCUAUUCGCGCCGGGUACGUUAUCACCACUUCAAUUGUAUCAAUACGGUGGUACCUCAGUAGUGUAAAUGUUUGUAAAUACAAAUACUAUUUUGACUCAUAGAUCUCCCGCUGUUUUAUUUUUCUGUUUUACCCUUCACUAAAAGUUGUAUUUUUUGUUUUUGUUUGCGACGAGCACUUCCCUGGCUUUGAGGUGAUUAAGUUGCGCUGUGAAUAUUCCACCAAGAUCUAUUUUUGCAUCGUAUUUUUCAGUGCAAUUUUAAUUUAUUCUGUUUGCCUUUUACAUUACCCCCACACACAAAAGCUUGAAGUUAAAAAUCUGCCUUUUUCGGUGUAUUUGAAGUUUUUGCAGGAGAAAAACAUUUGUUGCAUUUUCUGUUGCCUUUAUUUGGUAUGAUGGGUCCAGAUGUGAAGUGAUGUGUUAAAUUACAAGUUCCAUGUAUGUAUGGGUUUUAUGUGAUGCUGCAAUGUUUGCCUUUACACAAUAUGUUCUUUAUGUUGUCCAACUGUUUGUUGCAUUUAGCAAGCAUCUCUUUACGUGGUCACAGCAUUGAGAUUGUAAAACUUUUGUCAAGUCACGCUUGUGGCUUCUAAGAAGUGUAUAGCAUCCCACCAUCUUCCCUCAUAACUGUACAGGGAUAAGAGUGACUACAAGAGCAGUAAAAGCAACUUUGUAUUGGACCCUUUUGUUAUUUUUGGUAUGUUUUUAAAUUUUUUCCGUCUUGGUGGAUCAUGUACAGAAAAUGAAUAAAAACGAGUAUUCCGUCAA